CUUCAAUUAACUGUUUUCGCAUUUUUUCAGAUUCACAGAUUUGGGGCGAGAAACGGUCCAAGGCAAAAGGCCAAUCCAUCUACGUCCAAUUGGCAAUUGCCACCCCUCAUUGAAGGAUGAUACCACCUUCGUGUCGCUCAAAACAACUCAUCUGCUUAGAUAAAUCAGAAAAAAAGAAGAGCCUCAAACGAUAAGGAAGGAAGGAUACUUGCCUUCGCUUGUCCUGCAAAAACUCUCAAUUCUCAAAUGGCUUCUCUUUCUCUCCCUAACAACUCUCUUCCAACUCUACUCCCUACGCAAUCUCCGAAAAACCCACUUCCCAAAGCCCUUCCCAUUGUGUCCGGAUCCUCACAAUCUCAGUUUCAUGGCCUCAAAUUCUCGCAUUCCCCAUCUCUGUCGAACCCAAAUUCUUAUUCUUCAGUGAAAACUGCUAUUUUCGCUAAGGUGAACAAAGGCCAGGCUCCACCUUCAUUUACAUUGAAAGAUCAGGAUGGGAAGAGUGUGAGUCUCUCCAAAUUCAAAGGCAAGCCUGUUGUUGUCUACUUCUACCCUGCUGAUGAGACCCCAGGCUGUACCAAGCAGGCUUGUGCUUUCAGAGAUUCUUAUGAGAAAUUUAAGAAAGCAGGGGCAGAGGUUGUUGGAAUUAGUGGUGAUGAUCCUUCAUCACACAAGGCUUUUGCAAAGAAGUAUAGACUUCCAUUUACAUUGCUGGCGGAUGAGGGUAACAAGAUUAGAAAAGAUUGGGGAGUCCCAUCUGAUCUUUUUGGAACUUUACCUGGGAGACAGACUUAUGUUCUUGACAGGAAUGGUGUUGUUCAACUAAUCUAUAAUAACCAGUUCCAACCUGAAAAGCAUAUCGAUGAAACCUUGAAACUACUUCAAAGCCUCUGAACCGGUGGGGUAAGACUGCCUUGUAUUCUUCUCCCAUGACUAUUGUGUUUGUUUUGUUGGUGUUAGACAGUGUUCCUAUAUUAUUUGCAGCCCUACCUAAGAUCCUGUGGCUUUUGCCGUGAAGCCUUGUAGCGAUGUUAAAGCGAGAUUUUUGCUAUUGGAAAUUUCAAAUUCAAUUGCUAAUUUUUUUCUUUCACAUAUCAUAGUUCCUGAACAACUGUCAGCAUUGAAUAUAUAGUAUACGUUUUUGGU